AUGGGCACCUCGAGGAAAUUCCAUACAAAGACCCGGAAUGGAUGCACCAACUGCAAGAGGCGGCGUGUCAAGGUGGCUGGCUCUCUCUUCGAUCAUCGCGGUCUUAUGCUGUAUAUACUGACGCAUCAGCAGUGCAAUCUCCAGGCGCCGCAGUGCCACCACUGCAAAAGACGGGGGGAAGAAUGCAGCUUUCAGUCCAAGGACGAGAGGCCAGCAGCUGGGGACAAUGACUUUAACAAAAACAACAGCGAGAAUAGGCUGUCCAUAGCCCGCAGACAACGCCCACAGAGCCAACUCUCAAACACCUUGCCGUCACAAUGGCCAUCUCUCGCAAUAGACCACGCACUCCUCAGAUGGCACUACAACGCCCUCGCAGCCGAUUCCCUGGCUCUACUGAAAGAAGACCCACGGCGUGUAGAGCUGGUCUGGAAAGGCGAAGUCCCUCUCAAGUCCCAGCAGGACCCAUGGCUAGAUAGCGCCUGCAUGGCCAUUUCCGCGCUGCACAUCUGCCAUUUGCAGCCCCCCAACCCAGAGGACUACUACACAGCUGCCUUUAAAAACUACCACAGCGCGGUGGUCGCCUUUCCAAAGGCCGUCAAAGACAUAACCCCCGAGAAUAGCGUGGCAAUUCUGUCAUUCUCACUCCUCAUCCUGAUGUUCCAGCUGGGCAUUUCAUGUGUUCCCGGCGCAGGACCCAUGACCCACGCCCUCCCAGUCAUCGACGCAUACAACGCCGUAUCUGCCAUGCGCGGAACAUGGUCAUUAAUCGACCAGCUUGGCCCGCAUCUUCAAAGGAGCCGUCUCAGCGCUCUAUUCGUGCAUCGCAAACACCUCCGCUUCGAAACCCUCGACGAGACGUAUGAGACCAUGCUGAAAACCCUCGCCGAACUGAACGACACGGUUGUAUAUGAGUUACGCUAUGGUAACGAACGCGAAAUCUGUGCUCAGGCUAUCACCGUGCUGCGGUUUUGGUUCAGUAUCAUGGCGGCCAAGUUGCCGACGACGUGGCUGCUCUUGCUCUGGUGGCCGGCUGGCGUUUCGCCUGAAUUUCUGCAGUUGCUGAAGGAUCGGAAUCCUGUGGCGCUGGUGAUUUUCUGUCAUUGGUGCGCGGGGAUCAAUAAUCUCCCUAAGAAAUGGUACCUAGAAGGUUGGGCAGAGCGCAUGUUGAGAUCAAUGCUGGAGAUAUUAGGGCCAGAGUGGCAUUUUGCCGUUCAGUGGCCGUUAGAUGAGGUGUUUAACAAUACUUAA